UUACAUACACAUUCUUUGUGCCUAGCGCAGGGCAUAGCAAACACCGCUUUCAUAUCAUGAUACCGAAAACCACUCUUCACUUCAAUUUGGUUUUCAUUAUCUGUUCUCACGUGUAUUUCUGUGAUUCUCUUUCUAGAUUCUUUGUCUCUUAAUGUUGUGAUGUUCUCGCGUCUUCGUCAACCUUCCACCUUUUACCAUACUCAUUCAUUCGUCUCCACGAUUUGACUAACCGCGGACCCAGAAGUUUGAUUAGCUCUAAAACUUCAAAUUUCCCGUUUUAUUUUUGUUUCUGUUUUUGUAAUUUGGAUUUGGCGUUUUGAGGAUCAUGGGGUGGUACAGAGGGGGAAAGCUCGUUCAUGAUCUUUUUCGCAACUUGGCUUCAAGGGUUACGCCUCAAACUCCAGCUUUUCAGCGUAGUUCGAGAAUUUGCCAAUCUGGGUAUUUGGGUUCAGGUUCAAAAGGUGCUAGUUUUAAUGGGUUCUCCUCGUUUUGUUCAAUUUCUAAGAGACUAGGCGCUCGAGGCGUUGAUGGAGUUAACAAGAACCUUCGCAAUUCGUUUCUUUUUGGGGCUAAGAGAUUUUACUACGUGGAUCCUAACAAUGUGCAGCAUUUCAGGCCAAGAGGCCCAAGGCGUUGGUUUCAAAAUCCUAGGCAUGUUUUCAUUGUUGUCAUGGUUGGUUCUGGAGUUUUAGUCACUGUUUAUUUUGGGAACAUGGAAACAGUUCCUUACACCAAGCGAACCCAUUUGAUUCUGUUGUCGAAAGCAAUGGAGAGGAAGCUUGGGGAGAGCCAGUUUGAACAGAUGAAGGCUGGUUUUAAGGGCAAAAUAUUGCCUCCUAUACAUCCUGAUAGUGUGAGGGUGACAAUGAUUGCAAAGGAUAUAAUUGAUGCAUUGCAGAGAGGAUUGAGGAAGGAGCAGGUGUGGAGUGAUUUGGGGUAUGCAUCAGAGCAUUCUACGCUGAGUGAAGGACAUGGAAGGGAGACAUUGGAUGCAUUGGCUGCUGGGAGUGGUGACAAAAUUGAAGGGAAUUGGCACAAGGACGAUGAGAUUCUUGAUGACAAAUGGAUUCAGCAAAGCCGGAAAAAGGGUCAGGAGAAAGGUUCAGAGGCUGCUACAUCACAUUUGGAUGGAAUAAAUUGGGAAAUUUUGGUGGUAAAUGAGCCUGUAGUUAAUGCUUUCUGCUUACCUGGUGGGAAGAUAGUUGUGUUCACUGGUUUGCUUGAGCAUUUUAAAAGUGAUGCAGAGAUAGCAACAAUUAUUGGACAUGAGGUUGGGCAUGCUGUUGCAAGACACAGUGCAGAGGGUAUUACAAAGAACCUGUGGUUUGCUAUUCUACAGUUGAUACUUUAUCAAUUUGUGACACCUGAUAUAGUGAACACAAUGUCAUCCCUUUUCUUGCACCUACCUUUCUCCAGGCGGAUGGAAAUAGAAGCCGAUUACAUUGGGCUGCUGUUAAUUGCAUCAGCUGGCUAUGAUCCCCGGAUGGCACCUAAAGUUUAUGAGAAGCUGGGAAAGAUUACUGGUGAGUCUGCCCUUAGAGAUUAUCUCUCUACUCAUCCUUCCGGAAGAAAAAGAGCAGAAUUGUUGGCCCAAGCCAAGAUAAUGGAAGAAGCGUUUUCUAUAUAUAGAGACACAAUAGCAGGACGUGGAGUUCAAGGUUUUCUUUAGAACUGCACAACCACCCUUUUACCUGAUUCAAACUUCAAUGGAAGGUUUUUAUGUUCAAUAUAAACUUCAAUGGGAGAUUCAGCUUAGAUUAAACUAUACAGAGUUGCAAUCAAUUUCUCUAUUUGAUUGUGUGAGAA